AUUGAUUUUAACAAUUUGUCUAAGUUCUUAGUUCUGUGGAGGUCAUCAUAAUGUAACGUAAAUACGGAAGUUGUACUAUUCAUUAUCCGAUGUUGGUUAUAAUUUAAUCAUUGACCCUUAACCUUGAUCGGCAUAAUCUCGUGAAAAUUGAGAUGAUCGAAUGAUUGAAGGAUAACACGUGGAAUGAUUUCAUGAACAAAGGAUCUAAAUUGAGUAUUUCUAAAGAUAUACUGUAUAGUAAGACAGACGAUAAAUACCGAAACAAAAAUGUUGCUAAAGGAAACUGAAAUGAUACGAAGAGCAACGAUUGAGGAUUACGAUGAUGUCAUUUCGAUUUUACCAGGGGAAGACUAUGAUGGCGAUUAACUACCGGAUUACUUUCACAUGUUGAUGAACAAUCAAUUCAUCAAAGCUUAUGUGUACAUCCUAGAUGGCAAAAUAACUGGCUUCCAAAUUGUAUACCUGGUAGACGGUGGAACAACUGGUGUUAUGAGAAGUGGUCGAAUACGAAAAGACACACAAGGCAAAGGUGUAUUGAGAAAACUUGGAGAAUUCAUCAUGGAACAAAAUCCAAGCUUGACACAUGUUGUAUUUGCUACUGGCACAAAUGUACCAACUAUCUUUCAGAAUAUAAAAAAUGGCGCGUAUGAAUUUGUUGCAAAAAGGGCUUGUUUGUAUUAUCAGACUAACAAACAUGCAUUAAAAGAACAUAUACCUGAGAUUGAAACACUUGAAAGAACUAAAGUUCUGAAUCAAAAAGACUUAAUUCAAUCCAUAAAAGACCAGGACUUUUAUUCACAGAUGUUUAAAGACAACCGAUUGAUUAUAGACACUGUUCCAUACCGACUUAUGGAAUCGAACAUUCCGCUGAUACUCAUGGAAAGAACAAAAGCGGUGGCGUCGUAUCUUGACGACAAUAAUAAAAGUAUUAUAACCUUUGGAAGUUAUUUCAAGCUAAGCAAUGGUGAUAUAUUUUGUAACUUGGAUAUCUAUGGAGAUGUAGGAAAGGCAUUGGCUCACCAUAUUAGUAUUCAUAUUCAACAUUUUGUUGAGCACAUUACGGAUAUAUUCACUAUUGAAGUUCGCUGUCACGAAUCAUCGCCAUUUAUAGAUAAGGCAAUGUCAGAGAAUGGACUCAUGUUAGUACCUGUUGGUAAAUUUGUUCGAAAUGAACUUAUAUGUGUUGAAAAAUCAUAUUAUCAAAACGCCGAACAAGCCAGACUGUGAAUGGUUUCUUACAACAGAUUCUUCAAAGCUCAUAUAGACAAAUAUCAUCAAUCAUUGUUCAAAUGCUUUACUUUAAUGUGUUUCUAUUGGUUAUCAGAUGAUCAAAUAAAAAGUGGCAUUCUUUGGUGCUUCAGUAUACUCAA